AUGGCUUUCGAUCUUCCAGUUAUCAUAUUGUAUUUGGCUAUACCAAGCCUCCUCCUAUCCGCAGUGCAGCAGGUCCUACAAUGGAGGAAAAAGAAGAUAUCCCAGGCCAAAUUCCCCGGCCCAAAACAGUUUCCUCUCGUGGGCAGGGUCCAUGACCUGCCAAGAUUUUCUAUGUGGAAGAAGUUCAAAGAGUGGGGAGACAUUUAUGGGCCUAUCUACCAAACAAGUGUUCCAGGUGCAACUUUCGUCAUUAUCUCGGACGAGCAAAUCGCGGAGGAACUCCUCAUCAAGAGGGGUCACAUCUAUUCGGGACGGCCGCAGAUCAGAGCCUUGUUUGGCCACAAGGAGGGCAUCGAGUACCUCGCACUGAUGGACCGUCAUGACCAUUGGCAGAAACAGCGAAAAUGGGUCCACGCUGCUAUGGCGGAAGCCUACAAGCACCAAUUCUACGGACACGUCGAGACUGAGACUCGGCGGUACCUGAUGAUGCUCAUGUCCGACCCGGUACGGUUCAUGGACCACUCACGCGAGCAUUGUGGGCGCAUCAUGUCGCGACUGGCGUGGGACGAAGCCUCGCAGGGCAAGAUGAAUGGCGAGAGCGCCGACUGCACGCUGCACUGCAUGUCGGUUUCGGGCCCAAUUGUCAACACCAUGACGCCGCUAUGGAACAUUCCCGAGCGGUUCAACAAGUGGAAGCAAUUCGAAAGGCAGAGGAUGGCGACUCAGAAAGCCUGGUGGUUGAACAACUACAAGAUCGCCAAGGACAAGUACAAAAACGGCCAGCUGCCCAAGGACACAUGGGCAUACCGCUAUAUCGAGCAGGUCGAGCGGGAGCAAAAGGGCAGCCUGGAUCAGACUGAUGAGCAGGAGAUCUUUGCGGCGUGUACCAUUGGCUUCUUCAACCUGGUCGGUGUGGUCACUAUUGCAGGCCCGCUCAAGUUCUUCCUCAUGGCUAUGGCGCUGCAUCCCGAGUGGCAGAAGAAGGCUCAGGAGGAAAUUGACCGCGUCUGUGGUGACCGGAUGCCUACUUUUGAGGAUUUUGCGGAUCUACCGACCGUUAGGGCUGUUCUUAAGGAGACAAUCCGAUGGCGAUCUGGUGUCCCGCUGGGUGUGCCACAUCAGGCAGAGCGUGACGAUGAGUACCGUGGCGUCACAAUCAAGAAAGACACAAUUGUUCUCGCUUGUGAAUGGUCCAUCAACCGCGUCCCCGAAAGGUACCCAGACCCAGAGUCCUACCGGCCCGACCGCUGGCUCGACCCAUCUUUCCCGACAUACCAGGAGCCCCUGACCAAGUACCCCAACUUCCGUGACAGCAAGUUCGGGACGCACAGCUUCGGCUGGGGCCGCCGCAAGUGCUUGGGCAUGGACAUCGUGGACAUCGAGCUCUUCGUCACGGGGGCCUCUGUGUUGUGGGCGUUCAACAUGGAGCAGCAGACGUGCCCGCGCACCGGUGAGAAGGUGCCCAUCGACUCCCAGGCUACCAACAGCCAUGUCAUCUUGGAGCCAUCGCCGUUUGCGAUGAGGUUUGGCGUGCGUAAGGAGGAUAGGAGGAGAGCAAUUACAGAGGCUUAUGGAGAAGUCUCGGCGAGCCUGAAGGUGUAUUAG